AUGCGUGAUCAACAAUCGUCGUCUCCUAUCGAAUUAUUCGUAUCAUCAACUGAAAUGGCCUCUACACCACCAUCUACAAAUAAUAAUGUUAAUGAACUAUUACCCGGUCUUGAAACAUUUCUUCGUUCAAUGGUAAAUAGCACAAAUUUAGAUCAUGAUCAUCGUCAAAUUGCUGCUAUGUAUGUUGAUAAACUCGAUGAACUUAGUAGACCAACAAAUCCACAACCGACACCGGUUGUUGAUGAUCAAUCAAUAAUUAAUACAGAUAAUGCAUCUGAAGAUGAAAGUGAUGAUUUUACGGAUGAAGAAGAAGAAGAACGUAAGAAAGAGCUUGAAGAACAACAAAGAUUACAGCAACAGCAACUACAACAACAUCAUCAAUCCACACCAGCUAUUAUACGCCGUGCAUCAGCUAGUGAUAAUCAAAUAUAUAAUGCUACAAGACUUAAAUCAGGUGAUGGAAAUAGUCAAUGGUAUAUAGAUGUACCAAAAAAUACUUAUUUAGAAGCAUUAUCACCACAAUCUUCCAAUGGUAAUCUAUUUUCAAUUAGACACAAUGAUAUAUUACCAUCCAAAUCACCAAGUCGUUUAUCAAUUUCAACACCAACUUCAACUAUAAUAGCUAAUGGACUUCUAUUGACUUAUGAUGAAAAUCACAAUUGGAUAUGGCGUUAUUAUGUUCUCGAUGAUUUUGAUCUUAUCUGUUUUUCAGCUGAUAAAAAAUCUUUAUCAACAAAUCAAAUACAAUCAGAUAAUGAUUGUUCACCAUUGUGGGUGUCCGAUAUGACAAAUGCAAAAGUGCAUACAACAGUUAUAGAUAAAUAUGACUGUUUAUGUCUACAAAUUGGCCUUGCUGAAGCUAUUUAUGUUCGACCAGCUGAUCCAAAUCAAUUAAAUAGUUGGCUUAAAUCAUUUCGAGAUGCAACAUCAGCACAAAAAUCAAAAGAUAAUUCCAAAGGUCGAAGUAAUGUGAAAACACUUUCACGUAAUGCACGUCGUAUGUUUGCUCAAUUUAAUCGUAAGAAAGGUCAGAUUGUAUCACAUUUACUUGAUCAAAUGGCUAAUGUAACAGGUGUUGAUGAAAAAACACGAAAACAUUGUCAAUUACGAGGUUUUCUGGUUGUAUCAACAGAUAAUAUAACAUUUGUUACAAAAUAUUGUACUAUAGUUGAUGGCAUUUUUCGUAUACAUAAAUCACGUUUAAGUGAACAAACUGAUCAUGAAUUAUGUUUAAAUCGUUGUAAAUUAUCAUUUCCUGAAGAGCGUACACGUGAUAUACAAUUUGCAUUAAUUGACGAACAAGCUGGAACAAUAUUUAUACGAGGAAAUAAUAUAUAUAGUAUGGGAAGAUUAUUAAAUACAUUGGCAAAAUAUGUUGAAAUCAAGGGUAGUUCACAAUUUAUUUUUACAUCUGGUGGAAGUGAAACAUCAACACCAUUAAGUAAACAUCGACAAUCAUCGACAAGUUCAUCACAACCACAUAUUUAUUCUGAUGUUGAUAAUUUAUCGCCACCAGUAAAUAUAUGUCAAUCAACUGAUGUUUAUUCUUUAUCAAGUGUGAAAUCAAUUCCUACUCCUCCAACUCCAACAGCAAUUGCAAAAAAAACAAUUUAUCAUAAUGCAUCAAAAUUACAUGAUAAUGAAAAUGAUGAUCGAGCAAUUAUUAUACCAGUACGUCGAGGAUCAAAUGAAACAUAUGAUCUACCAAAAUCCUAUGAUAAUGUUGCAUUUAUUUCUUCAACAGUUGAUCGAAAUAACAAUCAUGUUAUUGUACCACCACCAUCAUCAUCAUCACAACGACGUGAUAAAAUCAAAAAUAACGAUGAACAUAUUCGUUCGGAAUCACGUUCAUCAAAAAAUAAUGCAUUAUAUUCUCAUCGUUCAAAAUCAAAAUCAUCACAUAAAAAUAUUACUAAUGAUCCACCAUCAUCUCCUGAAAAUACAGUUUUUUGUUUACGUCUAUCUGAUAAUUCUUCCUCUCAACAUCGAAAUUCUCGUCGUCGUCCUUUAAAUCCAUUAACACAUCGUUCACCAACAACACAUACAACUCCAACAGAAUAUGUUAAUAAACUUGCUAAUCUUUUUACAAAAUCAUUUUCGUCAUCAUCAUCAUCAGUACCACAAACACCAAUUUUGAAUGAACAUCAUAUAAGUACACAAACAUAUGAUACAGUUGCACCUUCACCACACCCAUUACCACGUUCAAAUAAAAAUCCUAUGCAAACAUCAAUCAUUACCGAUGAUCAACAUUCACCAUAUAAAGAACAAUCAAUGCCUAGACGUAUUUAUGAUAUUCCAAUAACUAUUGAACGUCCAAAUAAAUGUGUUAUUACAACAUUUGAACAAUAUCAAAGACCAAUAAUACGAAAUUCUCGAUCUGCUGAAUUAAUAUCACCAGUUGGAAUAAAUCAAAAUCAAAAUCACAAUCAAAAUAAUGAAGAAGAAGAAGAAACAUUAUAUGAUCAAGGUUAUGAUAAUUUACCAAAAAAUGAUGGAAUUGGAAAAUUUCGUUUUGUUGUUCCAUUUAAUCAUAGUCCAACAUCUGCUUUUAUAUCAUCAAAACCAACAAUGAAUUCAACAGGUUCAACAAUUACAACGAUUCGUCAUAUAUCAACGAAUAAUAACUCAAAUUUAUCUAAUAAUAAUACGAACACUCGAUCAACAUUGAUGACGGCUGUUUAA